CGGCGGACGAUGCAAACCGAUCAUAGAUCGAAAAACCAAAAAAGAACACCGAUCAAUUGAUCGGUGAGAGAGAAAAACCUCAAUUAAUGGAUCGAGAAAAAGACUUUUUAGGAUAGCCGAUCGACCGGAUCGGCGGACGAACCCUAGAUACGGGUCGCACAGCCCCCGGUGACGAUCAUGAAGAUCGACCGCCCCGGGGGCGGCGCGGUGCGGAAGCGGCAUCGAUGGCUAGGGUUUUGGAUCGAGAUUAGGCUGAUACCAUGCUAGAAGGGAGAAAGGAAUUGGUGAAAUAGUUUGAUGUAUUGCUUGAGCCUCGCAGGCAUAUAUAUAAGAGUACAAUGAUCUACUUGAAGUACAAGGCAAGGCAGAAUAAUAUCCUACGCUAUCCUAUCUUUCCUUAGAAUCAAUAUACUCAACAUAUCAAUCAGCGCCCUGCCUUCUUCUUUCUUGAUCGUCUGACAUAUGCCAUGACGCAGAUACCGUUUACAAGUCCAAGCACGCUUCAGUUUCGUCAACUUUACCUGUCGAAUCAAUCAGUCCCUUGCCAGCAUUAUCACUAUCUUCCCGCUGAGCCAUUUUAUUAGGGAGGAGUACUAGAGAGUAGAAUGAUUAUCAACCCUUGUCUGACCAAUGUCAUGAACUCGUAAUGCAGGAAGCAAGAAGGCGUUGAGAGCUUGGCGGCAUGUCAGGCAUGUCGGCGGCUGUCACUGCAACUGUAUCGGCCGUCUGUGCGACCGUGGCGGUGUUCAUAACGAUGGCCGUGAUCAGGCGAUGCCGCCACGUGAGGAAGAAAAUGCACAAGAAGAUCGUGACCAAGAUCAUGGAGGAGAUAAGUAGGAGGAACCGGGACCGGCGAGCAGCCCCGGACGACGGCGCCGGCGUGGACGACGUGGUCAUCGAGAUUGGUCCGGUGGAGAAGUUUCUCCACGAGAUCUUGAACGAGAAGCCGAUGCGAUUCAGCUCCGGGCAGCUGGCGUCGUGCACCGGGAACUACUCCACCGAGCUCGGCUCCGGCGGCUUCGGGGUGGUCUACAAGGGGGAGCUUCCCAACGGGCUGCCCGUGGCGGUGAAGGUUCUCAAGGUGUCCAUGAACAAGAAGGUGCGGGAGGGGUUCAUGGCGGAGAUCGGCACCAUCGGCCGGACCUACCACGUGCACCUCGUCAGGCUCUACGGCUUCUGCUUCGACCCGGACACCAAGGCGCUCGUCUACGAGUACCUCGAGAACGGAUCGCUGGAGAAGUACCUCUACCGCGACGGGGAAGUCGACGGCGACAGCGACGGCGGGGAGGAGAGGAGGGAGAGGCUCGAGUGGCGGACGCUGCACAACAUCGCCGUCGGCACGGCCAAGGGGAUCCGGUAUCUGCACGAGGAGUGCCAGCACAGGAUCGUGCACUACGACAUCAAGCCGCCCAACAUCCUCCUCACCGCCGACUUCACCCCCAAGGUGGCCGACUUCGGGCUGGCCCGGCUGGGCGAGCGCGAGAACACGCACAUGUCGUCGCUCACGGGCGGCGGGCGCGGGACGCCGGGGUACGCCGCGCCGGAGCUGUGGAUGGCGCUGCCGACGACAGAGAAGUGCGACGUUUACAGCUUCGGCAUGGUGCUGUUUGAGAUCCUAGGGCAGCGCCGGAAUUACGACGCCCGGCUGGAGGACGAGAGCCGCGAGUGGUUCCCCAAGUGGGUGUGGGACAAGUACGAGCAAGGGGACAUGGAGUGCAUCGUGUCUGCGGCCGCCGGCAUCGGGGAGGCUGACCGGGAGAAGGCGGAGACCAUGUGUAAGGUGGCGCUAUGGUGCGUCCAAUUCCAGCCGUCGGCGCGGCCGACGAUGAGCAGCGUAGUGCGGAUGCUGGAGGGGGAGAUGGCCAUCGUGCCGCCGGUGAACCCGUUCCACUACGUGUCGAGCGGCGGCAGCUCCAGCGGCUGGGCGUUGUCGAGCGGCACCGGCACGUACACGAGCAGCAGCCGGGACAAGGGGAGGGACAGCGAGGUCUCGGCAGCAAGCGCUCCUGCUCCUAAGCCGAGCGUUGCAAUGGUGAAGCAAGUCCAUUGAUCCAGUGACGGCAUAGGGUGAAGCUCCACACGGAGUCUUGCUCUGUUUCCAGUUUACACAAGUAGGAAAUGUUUUUUCUCACAAAAAAGUAAGAAAUGUUUUGUAAAUUAGCAUUAUUGACUUAUGAUUUUUGGGGAAUGCUUUUUUUAAGAAAAGAAAGGCUUCCCCUUUCUAUUUC